AUGGGCAAGCAGAAGAGCGAAGAUGAGAAGCAGAGGAGGAGGAUCGAGCGUGAGGAUGCAGCACGCGAGGCACAGAACCAGCUCAAGUUGCAAAUCACAAACUUCAAGGAUGCGGCAUGGGAGGAGACGCGCGUCAAGUUCGGUCCCUUCUGGGUCACCAAGAGGAUCCCCAAGGAGACGGCAUCUCACGCGCUCAAAAACCAGCGAGCGUCGGAGAUGGAGGCGGAGGGCGAUCUCAGCUUUGAGGACGAGCCUCCUGAGCCUCUUCCUAUCCCUGCCAUCCUCGCUCAGAGGCCUCAGAAUCGGCCCAGGGGCCUCGUCUCCCGCUUCAAGUCUCUCUUCUCCCGCUCGCCAACUGCUGCGGCUGCUCCUCUGCCCCGCGACAAGAUCCCUUACCAGAAGCCUGCCGAGGCCAAGAAGCCGACCUUCAUCGAGAAGGCGACGGCAGAGGAGAAGCGGCAGGCGAGGCUGCGCAAGGAACGCAGGAGGAGAGCGAAGCUGAAGCAGCUGGACGAUCGUUUCGAUCGCGAUGCUGAGCCAGAGCCCGAGCCUGAGAAGACGGAACCUGUGAAGCGGGAGGAGCAGGGGGCCCUUGCCAUCCGCCCCUCGGAAGAUUUCUUGUGGGAUCUUAGGGAACAGUGGGCAUCGUUGAGGAUGUACGUCAGCGCAGACUCCUCGCACAUGUUCCCUGAGCUCCGGCUCCUCCUGGACGUUGUUCUCCCCAAGGUGCAGGCGUACGGGCGAGAGAGGCGGGUGAGAGUCGUUCCUGUUGCCCUCACGCGGGCAGCGAAUGGAGGACACGAUUGCGGGAUGAAGGCGAGGCUGGAGGAGAUGAAGAGGAGCCAUGUCAUCCUGUUGUUCCAGGGAACUGUGUAUGGUGAGGAGGAGGUCGAGGAGGAGGAGGGGACAUUUCGGUCAAUUCAAGAGAUAGAGGCCAUUCAAGCGCUGAAGCUAGGGAAGGGAAGGGAAGGAUCGGAUGUGAGAGCGGCGGCGGGGAAGAACAGGAGGCAGGACAAGACUCAGAGCAUGGGAGAGGCGUGUGUCGUGCUGUUGCAGAGAGGUCGGCAGUUCAUGGAGGGAGUGCCGGAGGAUUUCCAUCACUUCUUCGAAGACAGCGAUCCUGACAAGAGGAGGAGGCAGACUGACUUGCGCAACAAGUGCAACAAGGCAGCAGACGCCCAGCAGGCAGUGGAGAAGCUGAUCGACUAUCCUUGCUCGUUCGAGCAGACGGACGAGGACGAUUUCGAGCUCGGGAGAAUGGAGGUGCUAGAGGAAUUCCUGCAGCGGACUAUAGAGGACUACAUCCUGACCCACUUUGACAUGCUGAACCCUCACGCGCUGCGACUGACCAACUUGAAGAUCGACGCCAGGUCCCAGAGGAGCUGGCUGAUCCGGAACCGGCCGGACGACCUGGCUACCUCCUCUUCGGCUCCUUCCUCCCUCUCCUCCACGGCUCCUUCCUCUUCCUCUCUCUAUGACAAGUUGGCAGCGCUCAUCCAGGAUCCUGGCGUGCGCACUCCGAUCCUCCUGCUUGGGUGCAGCGGGCAGGGCAAGACGUCGUUCCUUGUCAACUUCCUGUAUCGCUACUUUGACUCCGAGACUCUUUUCUCCCCCGACGGCUCCGACCCGCACAGUCUCCAUCCUCUCCCUCCUCCUACCCGGGGCUCGAGACAUCGGGGGAGAGUUUUCCCCGAGGUUCACUUCACCUGCGCGAGCGUUUCAGCCAGGAACCCGUCGAGGAUGCUCCGUCGGCUGUGCGCUAAGGUGGCCGCGAGAUUCUUUAUCAUGAAGCCGGAGGAGGUGGAGGACGACUAUGAUGGUCUCUGCGAGGACUUCAGGAGAUGCUGCCGGGACGCCGCCUGGUCCAGCAGAGGCGACGAGCUGCUCGUGUUCGUCGACUCCAUCGAGGAGCUCUCCUGCUGGGAGCGAUACUGCUCGCAUGUCAGCCGGCAGCCGCCAUGGCUGGGAAAUGGCCCGGGAUGCAUGGCGCAGGAGCAGGAUGCUCUUGUGGAGGCUGCCUGGAUCCCCGAAGAAUUUCCUGCUCCUCCUGCCUUCUCCGUCAAACUUGUGCUGACGCUGAACCACGAAGCGCGCCCUGACAUCCUGGCCGCUCUCAGAGCACGAACGUAUCGGCCAGUUGAGCUGGAGCUGGAGCCGACGAGUCACAACGACUGCGUCGACCUACUCCAGAGGAUGUACAUCCUUUCCCAGCUGGAGGCCCACGAGCGAGUGGAGAGGGUGUCAAACACGCUGACGGACCUGAUGGGAGCUGUGCUGAAUCACAUGGAGGACCACGAGGACCGGGAGGAGGGUCUUGUCGGUGAGCUGCUCGCCCUCCUGUCUGUCACACGUCGAGGGCUGCUGGAGGAAGAGAGCUGGGACGUGAUGCGGACCCAGGCAGCGUCUCUGCAGUUCGAGCUGUCGUUCGCUCGCUUCCUGCAGGUCGUCCACACAGCUGAGCCGCUGCUGGAGUGUGUAUCCUCGAGGAGGGACGUCAGCGUGGACAGCGUGAUGCGGCUGAAGCACGUGCUGGUGCUGCAGCUGGUGCGGUCGCGGUACGUGAGCUCGGGGGAGGCGGAGGCAGAGACGCACGAGCACGUCGGGGAGAUGUUCCUGCGGAACUUGAGGAGCCUGAAGAUGAAUGAGAUCAGCGAGGGGACGGCUGAAUGGCUGAGGAGCAGGACGAUCUCUGACAUGCAGGCGCGAGCAGCGAGCGAGGUUGGGUUCCACUGCAUCGGGGCGAGGAGGAAGCGAGACUUCGUCAACGUCCUCUGCAGCCUCCGCCUCCUGGAGGUUCGCUUCAUCCUCAAGCUCCUCCCGGUCAUCCUCGAGGACUACAGGCUGGCGAUCGCCCAGCUGGAGGAGGAGGCCGAGAGGCUCAAGGGGACGCGGCACAUGGAAGUCCGGGAAGAGAACCUGCUCCUUGCUCGCCAGCUCCGCGAGUUCGCCAAGUUCGCCUGCGACCACAGCAGCGAGCUCAUUCUCCGUCCCUCCAACACCUUCCAGUCCGCCGCAAACUCCGCUCCCCAGCUCGCCCCCAACAUCUCGGCCCGUUCGAUGAUCGAGAACAAGACGGAGCGGCGGAUAUGGCUCAAGUACCACAACCGCAAACUCCGCGACAAGCUCGCAGCUCAGCUGCAGCUGAGAGCGUCGGUGGUGGACUUGAGCGUGACUGCAGACUUCAAGUUUGCGGUGCUGGGGAUGAGCAGCAGGGAGCUGGUGGUGAUCGACGUGCUGACCAACACAAAAAAGGCUGAGCUCAAGGACAUCAGGCGAUCAGUCGAGAGCGUCGCGAUCUUCGGCAAGUUCGCCGAGGUCGUGCUGUCAGGCUCGAGCGACGGGUGGCUGACCUGGUGGAAUCCAGCUGGGGGGAUGAAGGAGAUGUCGCUGCAGCUGCACGACUCGGAGAGGGGGAGGAUCAAUCGGGAGCAUGAAGGUGGUGAAGAUGAGGGAGAAGACGACGAGGCUGAGCCUGACGGGGCAUCGAGGAGGAGUGACGGACUGUGA